AUGCUUCUAGGCGUAUAUGUGGAGAGCCAGGUGGAGAACCACCUCAUCCCGAACAAUGAUAGAUUGCGUGAGGUUGGGGCGGUCAGAAAGGAUGAACUUAUCAAGGGCAAGUCGGAAGAGCUCUUCCUCGUGGUUCUGCAAGGUAGGGCAUCUGUUCAGCUGGAUGGCUCUGUUCUUCGCGAGCUUUCAGAAGGCGAAAGCUUCGGGGAGGCUGCCUGCGCAGGGCUGGUGCAGAGCACGCGUGGCGACCUGGCCUUGGAAAUCUAUGCC